AUGCUGGAUUCAGUCAAGUGUGUCCUGGUGGGAGACUCUGCGGUGGGGAAAACCUCUCUCUUGGUACGUUUCACCUCUGACACUUUUCCAGAUGACUACAGACCCACUGUGUAUGAGAACACCGGAGUGGACGUCUUCAUGGAUGGUGUGCAGAUCAGCCUAGGGCUUUGGGACACAUCUGGCAGCGACGCCUUCAAAGGCAUUCGCCCCCUCUCAUACCAGCAGGCAGAUGUGGUGCUCAUGUGCUACUCGGUGGCAAACCACAACUCCUUUCUGAACCUGAGGAACAAAUGGAUCGGCGAGAUCCGCAGCCACCUGCCCUGCAUCCCUGUCCUGGUAGUGGCUACUCAGACCGACCAGCGUGACGUGGGCACCUCCCGCUCGCCCUGCAUCAGCCCCAUGGACGGGAAGCGGCUGGCACAGGAUGUGAGAGCCAAGGGCUACCUGGAGUGCUCUGCCCUCAGCAACCGCGGCGUGCAGCAGGUGUUCGAGUGCGCCGUGAGGACAGCAGUCAACCAAGCCAAAAAGCAGAAGAGGAGGAAGCUCUUCUCUGUGAACGAGUGCAAGAUCUUCUGA